AUGACAGACGCGGAGAUAGCGACACAACCGGCGGUGGCUGGCGGGGCUAGCGGGGCUAGCGGUACUAGCGGUGUUAACGGUGGAGUCAAGACUGAGCAUGAACUGGGCAAGAAGAACGAGGGAACUGGUUCUCAGGAAACUCCUUCAGGCCCUGCAGCAGCGACGCCGGCACCAACGCCCGUGCCGGCGCCACCGUCGGAGCCAGAUCUCAACAAUCUGCCAGCGAAUCCGCUUCCCAAGCACCAAAACAAACACGCGACCACGGCGAUCAAGGCCGUCAAGCGCCUGAAAGACGCACGUCCGUUCUUGCAGCCCGUGGACCCAGUGGCGCUCAAUGUGCCGCUGUACUAUAAUUUCAUCAAGCGGCCCAUGGAUCUGGGCACUAUCGAGCGGAAGCUCCAGCACAACGCGUACGAAAUGCCGGAACAGAUAACCGCGGACUUCAAGCUGAUGGUUGAGAACUGCGCGCGUUUCAAUGGCGAGUCGUCUGCGAUCGCCCAGAUGGGCCGCAACAUCGAGGCAAGCUUCGAGAAACACAUGCUUGGCAUGCCCGCUCGCGAUGAGCCUCCUCGUCCGCGCGUCAAGCGGCGGCGCUCCGAGCUCGAGACGCCUGUGGUGAUCCGCCGCGCAGAAUCGCACAAUGGAAGGCCCAAGCGGGAGAUCCACCCUCCGAAGUCCAAGGAUAUUUACCCCUACGAAAGUGCUAAACCGCGUUCCAAAAAGCUUCAAACAGAACUCAAAUUUGCCCAGCAACUGGUCAAAGAGCUCAUGUCCAAGAAAUACAGCUCUUUCAAUUAUCCGUUUCUGGAACCGGUGGAUCCAGUUGCCUUGAACUGUCCCACGUAUUUUGACUACGUUAAGCAGCCCAUGGACCUUGGCACGGUGAGUCGCAAGCUCAGCAACUGGGAGUACGAAAGUGCCGAACAAGUAGAGGCCGAUGUCAAGUUGGUGUUUCAAAACUGCUAUGCAUUCAAUCCCGACGGUACGAUCGUAAAUAUGAUGGGCCAUCGUUUAGAAGACGUCUUCAAAUCGCGGUGGGUGGACCGGCCAAUUGUGGCGGACGACGACUCCGAGGACGACGACGAAGAAGGCGAGUCUGAUUACUCUAGCGAUGAAAAUGGGAUGGGUCUCAACGGAAACGGGGUUGGUGGAUCUGGCGGGGUGAAUGGCGCUCACGAUGAUAACGACAUCGACGAAAGUCUUAUUACCAACCCUGCCAUACAGUAUCUAGAGCAGCAGUUGGCACGGAUGAAGGUAGAACUUCAAAACCUCAAGAGGCAGGAGUUGGACCGCAUCCGAAAAGAACGAAGGCUGGCACGAGGCACUCGUAAGAGACGAACUGGGCGCAAGAGGUCUAGAGUUGACGGCAGUGGUAGCGGUAAACGCAAGAAGAACAAGUUGAAGACCGUCGUCACGUACGACAUGAAGAAGAUCAUCUCCGAGAAAAUCAAUGACCUGCCGGCUUCUAAAUUGGAAAAAGCCGUCGAAUUGAUCAGGAAAUCGAUGCCGGACAUUGGUAAAGACGAUGAAGUCGAAUUGGAUAUUGAUAUGUUGGACAAUACCACAAUCUUGACUCUUUUCAACACAUUUUUCCGCGAAUACGCUAAAGAUGUCAGCAACGGUAAUGGCACCGCAGUGGACGAUCCGCUGCUGACCAGAAACUCGCUAUCUCCAAAUUCCUCUGGCUCUAAAAAGGCUAGGCGAAGAAGUAAGGCUUUGAGCGAACAGGAACAGAAUAAACAAAUCGAAAAGAUAAAAAAUAAGUUAGCCUUAUUGGAUGGAACUUCCCCCACCAACUCAAAUGCGUUUAACAACCUUCUUGGGGGCGGAGACUCCUCCGAUGGUGAUGAUGAUGAUGAUGAUGAUGAUUUAAGCAGUGAAAGCGAAGAAGAGUAA